GGCGGUGCGUGGAUUCAACCGGUGGCUUUCAGCGGAGCAGCAGAGUGAGAGGAGUGUUUCACUCGUUGUUACACAAAAGAAAACAACUCUUCGUGCUCCACAUGUGGGAUAGGUUGCUUUAUUUUUGGAGCACUUGGACUUGGGAUUUUUUCGCCCUUUCCAAUAAAGUCCGGCAUCGGAAGGCGUGCCGCUGGUCGAGCGUUUCACUCCACAAACCGUGCCGACCAGCGUGGAAUAGGUGCCGACGAGAGACCGUCCAUUUAUAAGGAUGCUGGUGGGAAAUGCCUGGAGACAGAGAUGACGAGAUUUGUCAAAAAGCACUCGAACUCCUGUCAGAUCUUUGCUCAAAGGGGGAAGUGCAGAAUGAAAACUGUCUGGAUUUUAUCUACUAUUUCCGAGAUCUCACCAGACCACGAUAUUCUGAUUCAGAUAUAUCAGUGAGUCUACUCUCACUAGUAGUUACUGCCUGUGGAUUGGCCCUAUUUGGGGUCUCCCUCUUUGUCUCCUGGAAACUCUGUUGGAUACCAUGGAGAGAGCGAGGACUUUCACCCACAACAAAAGAGGCUCAAGGGCACAUAAACCCCACCAUGAGCCCUCUGCCCACACAGUCUGCACCCAAACAGCCAGUUUACACUGCCGUCGACCCUCCGAUGCACAACCGCCGUAAGUCUUCACAUUGUUCUGUCGCCAAAGAGCCUACACCCGUGGCCUCUGUUGUGUCAGUGGAGGCUCCCAUGACUCCCGUGUCACCUCCACCUGUGGUGAUGGCCACACCAGAGGCAGCUAUGAAGAUAAGCCACACAUCCCCAGACAUACCACUGGAUGCUCAGAGUAAAACUCGGGAAAACGGAGUUCACACAAACCCUCGAAUGCAGAGGCAGACAACAGAACCAGCACCAGGUGGUGGCUCAGAAAUGGGUCAAGGUUCCAUUCGCAGACAUAUGAACCUCUCUAACCCAGAUUUCAAUGUGGCACAGUUCCAAAGACAGGAUUCCCUUACUGGAAUGGGUCUUGGCCUUGGCCGCCUCAAACCCGAGCUGUACAAGCAGCGCUCAUUUGAGGGGGACGAGGGCAGUCGCAGAGGUGGGGGCUGUGGGCGCCUCCACUUUAUUCUUAAAUUUGACUGCGACUUGGAACAAUUAAUAGUUAAAAUCCACAAAGCAGAGGACCUCCCAGCCAAGGAUUUCUCCGGUACCUCUGAUCCUUAUGUUAAGAUCUACCUGCUGCCUGAUAGGAAGACUAAACACCAGACCAAGGUGCACCGCAAGACGCUCAACCCUGUGUUUGACGAAGUCUUCCUGUUCCCUGUGGCCUACUCUGAGCUUCCCACGCGAAAGCUGCAUUUCAGCAUCUAUGACUUCGACCGUUUUUCACGCCAUGAUAUCAUUGGUCAAGUAGUGGUGGACAACUUCCUGGAUCUGGCAGAUUUUCCCAGGGAGACAAAACUCUGCCGUGAAAUCCAAUAUGUCUCCUCGGAUAACGUGGACCUUGGGGAUUUGAUGUUCUCCCUCUGCUACUUGCCUACAGCAGGCCGAUUGACCAUCACCAUGAUACAGGCUCGCAAUCUUAAGGCCAUGGAUAUAACUGGUGCAUCAGAUCCGUAUGUGAAGGUUUCUCUGAUGUGUGAGGGUCGGAGACUGAAGAAAAGGAAGACAUCUACGAAAAGAAACACCUUGAACCCAGUCUAUAACGAGGCUAUUGUCUUUGAUGUCCUUCCAGAAAAUAUUGAGCAGAUCAGCCUUUUAAUAGCAGUGAUGGACUAUGAUCGUGUGGGUCAUAAUGAGGUCAUUGGUGUGUGUCGAGUCGGCAAUGAUGCAGACAGCCUCGGUCGAGAACACUGGAGUGAAAUGCUCACAUAUCCACGGAAACCUGUCGCCCACUGGCAUCCUCUUGUUGAGUACGAGGGGACUACAAGUAGUAGCCAAGGAGGAUCUUGUAAUUCCCUCAAAGCUCCUCCUUCUCCGUAGCCUUCAGCAAAAAUUUAAACGAAACUUCUGAUCAACCUGAAGCUCUUGCUGAGUGCUGCUGAAUGUUGUUCAAAAAGGGUUUUAAUAAAAUUAAUGCAGGCAUUUAGUAACAACUAUGGAAAGGAGAGAUGCACACUGUCUUAUGUUGCAUGUAGAACGAUUGCAAGAACGGAUGUUUUAUUAAUGAUGUUUCAUUAGAAAAACAGGUGUAUGCAGACAUUUUAAGUCUGUGCAAUUCCUGCGUUUAUACAGACUAUACUAUUAUUUAUUUUUACAUAGUCUUGGUACUUGUUUUAAUAAAGUGAGUCUGUACUUGCAAGAUGUACUUAAACCCAUUUGAACUGCCAUGCCAUUUCUUUUGUUCUAUUUGGUGUUGACUUGGUGCAUGAGGUCAUGGUUUGGUGGGAAAUCUCCUAGUCUGUUUGCUUCUGUUUCUAUUUUUACAAUGCAGUGUGUUGCUUUGUCUGUUGAUGUGAAGUAACGGUUAAUUUACAUACAAUGUAUAUGUGAGCAAAACUAUGUUGAAUGUUGGAAAUAAAUAGUGUCAAAUAAAAGUAACUGGAGCCUUUUUUGCCGAGUUGUCAUAUUAUUAAAAUCCACAAAGAAGAAUAUAUAUUUUACA